CGGGCAGCCCCCUCCUGCCAGGCCCUGCUGGACCCAGCGCCGUCUUCUUCUCCCUGUCACCCGCGGUCGCCUCGAGCGGGGAUCGGUGCCCCGGAGCGCAAAGCCUGACGCGAUUCCCCUCUCCCACGCCCCCCACCCCCCCUCCCACCGCCCAGUCCCUGGCGGCGAUGAGACAGAGCGGCGCCUCCCAGCCCCUGCUGAUCAACAUGUACCUGCCAGAUCCCGUCGGAGACGGUCUCUUCAAGGAAGGAAAGAGCCCGGGGUGGGGGCCGCUGAGCCCCGCGGUACAAAAAGGCAGCGGCCAGAUCCAGCUGUGGCAGUUUCUGCUGGAGCUGCUGGCUGACCGCGCGAACGCAGGCUGCAUCGCGUGGGAGGGUGGCCACGGCGAGUUCAAGCUCACGGACCCAGACGAGGUGGCGCGGCGCUGGGGCGAGCGCAAGAGCAAGCCCAACAUGAACUACGACAAGCUGAGCCGCGCGCUGCGCUACUACUACGACAAGAACAUCAUGAGCAAGGUGCACGGCAAGCGCUACGCCUACCGCUUCGACUUCCAGGGCCUGGCGCAGGCCUGCCAGCCGCCCCCCGCGCACGCCCACGCCGCCGCCGCCGCAGCCGCCGCCGCCGCCGCCGCCCAGGACGGCGCGCUCUACAAGCUGCCCGCCGGCCUGGCCCCGCUGCCCUUCCCCGGCCUCUCCAAACUCAACCUCAUGGCCGCCUCGGCCGGCGUCGCGCCCGCCGGCUUCUCCUACUGGCCGGGCCCGGGGCCCGCCGCCACCGCCGCCGCCACCGCUGCGCUCUACCCUAGUCCCGGCUUGCAGCCCCCGCCCGGGCCCUUCGGCGCGGUGGCCGCCGCCUCGCACCUGGGCGGCCAUUACCACUAG